GUCGAGGAAUUUAAGGACGGUUUCGUGGCUGUGUUGUCAUCACAGGCUGGUCUUGCCUCCUCAGAUAAAGACAGUGGGUCUUUGGAGUCAGAAGGCCAGGGCUUUGUGAGUGAGGAUGAAUACCUGGAAAUCUCUGACAUCAAACGUGACCAGUCCGGGGAGUAUGAGUGCAGUGCCUUGGAUGACGUCGCUGCCCCUGACGUGCGGAAAGUAAAGAUCACUGUCAACUGUGAGUGGACCCAUUAUCAGGGAACCCCCCCCCCCUAUAUCUCCAAAGCCAAGAACACAGGGGUCUCCGUUGGCCAGAAGGGCAUCUUGAGCUGUGAAGCCUCGGCAGUGCCCAUGGCUGAGUUCCAGUGGUUCAAGGAAGAUACCAGGCUGGCCACCGGCCUGGAUGGCAUGAGGAUCAAGAACAAAGGCCACAUAUCCACGCUGACUUUCUUCAACGUCUCAGAGAAGGAUUAUGGGAACUAUACUCAUGUGGCCAAGAACAAGCUUGGGAUAGCCAACGCCAGCAUCACACUGUAUGAAAUAAGCCCCUCAUCAGCAGUGGCAGGGCCUGGAGCCGUCAUUGAUGGUGUGAACUCGGCCUCUAGAGCGCUCGCUUGCCUCUGGCUAUCAGGGACCCUCUUUGCCCACUUCUUCAUCAAGUUUUGA